AUGCUUCUGCAUACGGGUCGUCUGUUUGUUUCUAAUACCUUAAAACUGCUGGUAGCAACACCUAAGAAGGCGAUCGCUGCGUCGAGCAGUAGUACACUGAAGAAAGUCACCUCAACACCUACUCCUGGUAGAGAUGUAAUUGAGGUUAGUGCCACCACUGGAGAGUCCGAAUCCGCCGAUCCCGUGGCAUCCAAAGAAUCUUCGGUCUCUUUAAAGGCCCGCAAGAUCGCUGGCAAGUUACGUUUCGAUGCAUACAAGGCCGGACUGCAGAAGGUUGAUCAAGCGUAUGUCGAGCAGGUGAUUCAAGAAGCCUCGAAAGACACGGCCUUUUACAGAAAAGAGCAGCGUCGUGAAGAGGCUCGCCGCCUUAAAGUGGAUGCCAUUCUCAAAAAGGUGGAGGAGUAUCGAAACCUGUCGAGCGCGCAGAAGCAGGCGCUACGCACCUAUGUAGACACGCUAGAAGCUGAAAUGGAGGCGACGCGGGAUCUACGCCGGAGUUAUAUCCACAUCGACAUGGAUAUGUUCUACGCCGCCGUAGAGGAAAAGAAGGACCCGCAGCUGCGGGAGGUCCCCUUUGGCGUCGGCUCGUUGCAGAUGCUCUCGACGACGAAUUACAUCGCGCGGCAGUACGGCGUCCGCUCUGGGAUGCCGGGCUUCAUCGGGCGUCAUCUUUGCCCGGAUCUUCUCAUCGUGAAGAACGACUUCGCCGCGUAUCGGCGGGAGGCCGCGAUCGUGCACGCCAUCGCCUCCCGCUACGACCCCCACUUCGUCAGCGUCGGCCUCGACGAGCUCACGAUGGACGUGACGAAGUACCUCGGCGGCUUCUCCGGCCUCACCGCCGCGCAAAUCGUGAGCGAUUUUCGCGAUGAGGUCUACGCGAAAACGCAGCUGACGUGCAGCGGCGGGAUCGCCCCGACGCCUUGCCUCGCCAAGAUCGCCAGCAACGUCAACAAACCGAACGGGCAGCACGAGAUCGUCCUGCGCAGCCGCGAGGAGGUCCUCGACUACGUCAAGGGCAUUCCCCUGCGGAAGGUCCCGGGGAUCGGCUACGCGCAGGAGAUGACGCUGAACGCGCUGAACGUGAAGACCUGCGGCGAUCUCCUCAAGCAUAAAUACCUCCUCGCCUUUCUUUUUAAGGAAAAGACCUUUGGGCAUUACCUGUCGGUCGGGCUUGGUCUGAUGAGCGCGCAAACGCACAAAAAGCACGAGGUCCGGCAGUCCAUCGGUAAGGAAGUCUCCUUUAGCGAGCCGUUGACGUCGCCGGAGGCGUUCGCGAAGCUCUUUCGUAGUCUCCUCGAGACCUGCCACGUGCAGUGUGUGCAGAAGCAGCUCUAUCCGCAGCAGAUUCGUUUGGUUCUCAAAUACCGCACCUACGACAACCAACAGUUUAGCACCCCCCUCCCAAAGCACACGAACGACCUCAAGCUUUGGCUGGAGGCGGGAAAGAAGCUCUUGCAACCGCACCUCUCUCACUUUUCCGAGCUCAGGCUGGUCGGAGUGCGGCUGCAGAAGCUCGCAUCUGAGGAAGGCCCUCCGUCCGGAAAAGGGGGAAGUAAUCACAACAAUACCCUGGGCGCGAGUCAAGCUGAGGAAGAAAUAGAUAACCACAACGAUGCCGGGGAAGAGGAGAUGGAUGAGGAGGAACAUCAUCGCGCGCGCGACGUUGAACGUGCCGAGGAGGUCGAACAUAAAGCGGUUGGCAACGCCCGAAAAAAAGGGCGAGGCCCAGCUACCCACUCCAAAAAGUCCUCUCGUGUAGUGGCUUCCAAAUCUGAAAAACCUUUGAAGCGCGGUGCUCGCGCACGCGCAAAGAUUCCUAAAAAGGCUGUAAAAUCGACCACUAUUACCCCCAAAAAGAAACGACGUUGA